CAAAGCUCUAUGUUUCCGCCGGGCAUCUCAGUCUUCAAUUUCGACAGGCUUGCCGGCUUAUCGAGAACCUUUUAAGACCUAACGUCUACUCGGUAGGGAAAUAAAACUUGGACUAUCUCGGCAUUUGUACGAAGCAGGCUGGUUGUUUGCUGUAAUUCGAGGUUUUGGUUCCCAGGAAUCUUCGAACGGCCCUAGGAGGAACUCGCCACUUGUUCUCCUUCUCCGUUGGUGAGCCGAACACCAGAGUGUUCUGGAGUUAUCAACCCACCUUCACUAGAUUUAUCGCUGGUCGAGUAUGGAGAUCUUUAUUCAGAAUAUUCCUUAUAGCAGCGGCCGGGAUUCCCAGCUGAGGAGAACGCUGGAACCUCAUCUCAACGAAAUCGGCGUUCUAGCCUUUAGAGCUACAGUCUUUAAGAGAAAGCCAGGCAAGGGAAGUUGGAAGAAUGGAGCUCUGACUGUUCCAACCCAAGAGGCGGGGAAGAAGUUUCUUAGUCUCUAUGGAGCACGAAAUAGUGGGGUGGCCCAACGCAUGAUAAGGAUGCAGGGAACUCCCCUCAGAUUCGUGAUCAGCAAUAAAGGUUGCGACCACUACGUGGUCAAGAGCUUACAGAAGGAGCAAGAAAGUUUGAUAAAGGAAAGCCUGCAGCAGCCCCAGAUACAAAGGACGAGACCUCCUGGGAAAAAGUUCGAUAUCGAAAAGGUUGAGUGUGGCGUUUGGUCGACUGAGACAGAAGGGUGUGCUCCGGUAUUUGACUGUUACUAUUCGAUCAAUGUUGUCGGCACUCUGCGUUUUGGAGGGAGGGCUGUCCAUGCUGUUUUCGAGAGCGAGUGUGAUCCUUCUCAAGAUGACCCAUUGAGCCUUGUGUUCGAAAGGCUUGGUUUGGAGGUGCAGAGCGAUGGUAGUUCGACCAACAAGUCAAUUGUGGCUCGGUAUAUUGAUAUGAUUUCAAUUGUUGUUUCCAAUUGGGACAGCAAAUCUGUUACCUUCACGUUAGAUAAAGCGCCUAGGUUCUACGAGGAAACUACACAGCAAGACGAACUUUUAUUCGGGUUUUUCGGUAAGGAUGUUCGGAGGCGCGUUUCGUGCCUGGGUGCAGACCACGCUCUUUAUGCACCAUUCGCUUUUGUAUACCGAAUACAUCUCAAGGAAGCCCACGAAAUAGAUUCCAUUAUGCUUCUUGGUGAACACCGUGGAAUCCCUCCGGUUAUCGAGAAGCGAACAGAUACACGUUCCGCGGUGUUUGAAUUCCAAGAAUCUAGCAAAGAGCUGGUCGCCAAGUUGCAGAGGCAGUUUUUUGGUCCGGAGAUGUUCCCCAUCGCAUUCCAACUCAAUGCGAUGUGGGCCGGUGGCUACCUACCCCCAAGCUCUGUGUUGAGGUUGUUACCUCAGGUCGGUUCAUUCAUUAGGAGGCACGGCUGCGAGCAAACCGCCACCAUUUUGCAAGAAUUUGUGGAGAGCUCUGGGCGAGAGGAUCCAAUGAACGAACCUGGCACAUUCUCCCACCAAGCUCUCACAUCUGGGUUGGAUGGAUGCGCAGCCUUCGCCUCGAGUCGCAAAGGAUCAUUAAUAGCUUCAAAGCUAGAAAGGGCCCAGAAAAAGCACAUGGCUCUCGUUCACCAUGUCUCUAUAACACCUGCUGGUUGCUACUUUUUCGGUCCCCUUCCUGAACCUCAGAACAGGGUACUUCGAAAGUAUCCGGACCACCACGAAUAUUUUAUACGAGUGACCUUUUGUGAGGAAGAUGGGGAACCGUUGCUGUUCCAACAUAAGGUGGACCAGUCACCAAUAUAUAAAAACCAGUUUCGCUUUUAUCUCUCGGAAGGUAUAACUAUUGCUGGCAGGAAAUUUGAGUUCUUGGGGUUUUCCAGCUCAUCUUUGCGGACUCAAAGUUGCUGGUUUAUGGCGCCUUUUUAUCUGGACGGCAAAUACCUCGAUCCCAAAAUCGUCACUUCUAGGCUCGGUGAUUUUUCGAGCAUCACAUGCCCGGGUAAGUAUGCAGCCCGGGUUGGACAAGCAUUCAGUGACACCUAUGGUUCCAUUGACGUCAGAGCGGAGCACGAGGUAGAGAUCCCCGACGUAGUGAGAAAUGGACGAACAUUCAGUGAUGGUGUGGGCACAAUCUCACAACAACUCCUCGACCGAGUUUGGAGGGAAUCCGAAUCGCUGCGCAAGACCCGACCGACGGUGUUCCAGAUUCGAUUUGCCGGGGCCAAAGGGGUGGUCUCCCUUGACACACGACUUGUCGGAGACAAGUUCUGCCUUCGACCCUCAAUGAUCAAAUUCAGGGGAUCGUCUGACCGCAAAAUCGAGAUUUGUAACUCUGCGGACUGGCUGCCCAUGUACCUCAAUAGGCCUCUGAUAAAAGUUUUGGAGGAUAUUGGUGUUUUUGAAAGCACUUUCAUGACCCUCCAGAAAGAAGCCAUUGAGGAUCUACGACAGUCGACAACUUCAGUGGCCAAUGCAGCAAAUUUCUUGAAGCGGCAACGAAUCGCCUCAACAGCUAUAAGACUCCCAUGGGUCAUCGAGUCACUAAACAACCUCGGGUUCAAUUUCAGAGACGACCAUUUUCUAGAGCAAGCAUUUGAACUAUCUCUAAUUACAUCCUUACGGAGCUUGAAGCAUAAGGCAAGGAUACCGGUCAAAAAGGGCAUGACGCUCGUUGGGGUAAUGGACGAAACUGGCUAUCUACAGGAAGGCCAAAUAUAUGUUACGGUCCAAGCUCGAGACAAAAGUACAUCGGAGAGUAUAGCAGGGCGAGUAUUGAUCACCAGAUCACCGGUACACCAUCCUGGGGACGUGCAAAUGGCAUUGGCUAUCGGUACGAACCAGUUGCCCCCGGACUCUCCGCUCCGGGCCUUGCGUAACUGUGUUGCGUUCCCUCAACGGGGUGAGCGCGAUAUGCCAAGUAUGCUAGGUGCCCCAGACUUAUAUAAUAUAAUAUACGAUGCAAGGUUCAGUUUAAAGACGACAUACGACCCGGCAGAGUACCCCAAGGUCCCAACGAAAGACCUCGGACGCCCGGUAAAGACUAGCGAUAUUGUCGACUUCUUCCUAGAAUUCAUGGAGAACAAUCUUCUUGGGAUGAUUAGUUCCCGGCAUUUAAUUACUGCAGACAAGAAAGUCGAAGGCGUGCACCAUCCGGAUUGUUUAAAGCUUGCUGAACUAGCCUCCACAGCUGUUGACUUCCCUAAAACUGGGAUAAAAGUCUCUAGGUCCGAUUUCCCAAAAGCAACCUUCGCCAAGCCGGAUUUUAUGGCACCAGGCCCUCGCAUAUUAAUAAAAAGGGGACCUGAAUUCGUCGAGGAGGAUGUAGUGCCAGAUGAUGAUGAUGACGACGAAGACACACCAACCUUAUACUACGAGAGCGAAAAGGUCCUCGGGAAACUAUAUAGAGAGAUCGACGAAACCGCAUUUCUUCGCGAGGUUCAGGGAACUGUGAACAAGGAACGCCGAGCACGCAAUGUCGAUGAGGGCGCCGUGGUCCUCGGGAUCUGGGAAUGGCUUGAGGAAGCGAUCCCGUCCAACUACAAAUGGGAAGAUUACAUUGGCGUUGCAGCUGAGCUCAAGGAGGCAUACGAGGGGAAUGUGGAACGGAUGAUGCUAAACUACUCGGACAUGCCAUGGAAAUACCGCCUCCGAGAAGUCGAGGUAUUUAUCGGGAACAUCGUGGGCAAAGAGCGGCAGACCCAAAGGCAGAAGGACGCCUCAUCACAAAUGAGGGAUGAGUUCGACAGGCUUGCUAGCUCUAUCGUUGAGUCUAUGCAAAGCGAGUCAAGGGAAAAAACCCUAGGUAUUGGUAUGGCGUCGUUGUCGUUAUGUCUUCCGGAGAAAAAUUGGAAAGACCUGGAUUCUCUCAAGAGCUUUACGUGGAUUGCGGUAAGCGUGCUGUUGACUGAGGUUGACAAGAUGCAGAAGGAGGCCAAGAGCAAGGGAGGUAGGAGGUUGAGGUAAAUUUUCGAUGGGGAUUCUUUCCGUUAUACGGGGUUUAUUUGUUUCAGGUUGAGGACUCUCUCUUGGUUGUAUCCACGAUUAGUGAUUCUGUCUCAAUAUCAGUAUAUCUCUUUCUUAUUACUAAAAAAGGUUGGGGGGUAUAAUUAUGUGGGUAAGCUUAUGAUUUGAAAGAGAACCUGGACAUAUAAUAUCACUCGGUUGCCGUUUCCAAA